GGGAGUUGCUAUGGGAAGUGAAAAAGCACCUGUACAGAUGUCGUUCAGGAAUGUCAGUUUAUAUUUCUGUGUUGUUUUUGUAUUGCAACGAUGGACCAAGACGAGCGAAUAGAUGGUGGAAGAGACAAGAACCUGGGUAUCACAGGAGAUGCUGCAUCUCUGCUACAGGAUGCACAUACACUUAUGGACCAGGAGGUAGCAGAGCUGGGAAGUGAUGCACACACAGGGGUGUAUGCGCCGAGCCUAGAGGACAAUGCUGACACUCCGCAGCAGAGGCUGAGGGCGGGGCUGGAGGCAGAGCAGGAGGUCAGCCAAGGAGAAGGAGCGCAUGCCUCAUAUUUCCAACGGCAGCCCCUGCAGGACAGGCUGACCGGCCUUGUCCAAGGCCUCCAGCGGAUGGUGGAGGAAGAGGAGGAGACAGGGUGGCACUUCAGGGAAAGGUAUGAAACAGAUGCAUCCAGCUCUGAGCUGUGGAUGCAGAUUCUGGAGGGGAGAAAGAAACUGGAUUUGGCCCAGCUUGCUACGGACCACAAAGCAGAGGUGGAGCUCAUACGGAAGGAACACAGAGAGCAGGUCUGGCGAUUUCAGAAGCAGCACGAGACCAGGCCGGACCAUGGAGACCAGGUGUACCAGGAGAGAGCUGAGGACCUAAGCAAAAUUAAGGUGCACAAAGGUCGUGUGAACCAGGAAGUGCCCAGCCAGUACGAGGAGGACAUGGGCCUGGGAGCCUCUUUCCCCAGUGGUCAAGACCACUUGUUGGAGGAGUACCUCAUGUCGGUACCCCAGAGGGACAGCUCAUGGGCGAUGGAGAAUUUGGAAGACAACAGUCUGCUGGAACAAGCUGAAAAUGAUAUGUUUGAGCUUGACAGUGAGGUUGUGCUUGAUGUGUCUGAGAGUCGCUUCUCAGAAGAGUCAGAUGAAGGCUCAGAGGCUGUUGAUUUGAGAAGGACUUUGUUGAUACAGCACUGCAGCGAUCUGACCGCACAGCUGGAGGAUAGAGAAAAACAGCUGGAGGUGCUCCUGCACGAGGUUCACACUUCGAGGAAGGAUGUGCGAGAGGCUUUGGAGAAGUACAGCAAAGCAACAGAGGCAGUGGAGUGUGUACAGCAGGAGCUGGAGGCAGAGAGAGAACGGAGGCUGCAGAUAGAGGAGAUCAUAAGCGGUAAAACGCAUGAAGAGGACAAUCUGAAAAAGAAGCUCAGCCACCUGCAGAGCCAGCUGGAAAACCAAGAGAAAUCCAGGGAGGGGACGGAUGACCUGAUAACUGAGCUGAGGGAAGAGAAACAGUUGCUCCUGGUUCAACUUAGGCAGCAGGAACAGCUGGUCAGAGAUGUUCAGGAGCAGAAACUGGCUGGAGACACAGUGACCAGUGAGAUGCAAGCGCUCUUUGGCCGUCAGCUGUCUACCCUGCAGACGCAGAGGGAUCGCCUGCAAGUUAUGUUGGAUUCACAGCAAGAUAAGAACCUGACUACCUCUGAACUCUUGGGGCAGAGAACCCUAGAACUGGACUCAACUCUCAGUAAGCUCAAAGGCCUCCAGGCAGAGCUGAUGGAACGAGAGGAGAGGCUGCAGAAGGUUUGUGAAGAAAAGAAUGACCUGGAAACCAGACUCGCCUGCCUUCAGCAGAAUCUGGUGAAUGUGGAGCAGGCUCUGAGCCAGAGGGCAGAGGAAAAGGCUGAACAGGAGCGAAUCACUGUGGAGCUGGAGAUGAAAGUCAAGAACACAGAGAACAUUCUGGAGACUCUGCGAACGGAUUUCCAAAAUACACUGAAAGAGAAGGACCUAGCUCUGCAGAGACUGUGGGCAGAGAGCAAGAAGGCUGAGGCUGAGCGCCUGGAGAAGGAGGGUGCUUUGCAGACAGAGCUGCUUGGUGUCAGACAGACCCUGAGAGACCAGGAGCGGGAGCAUGCAGAGGCUGUUCAGUCCCUCCUGCAGAAGGAGGCAGAGAAGCUUCACAAAGCUGUGGAGGAGAUGGCAGCCCAGCUGAGGAGAGCUCACGAGGAAGACGCAUGCACACUGAAGGAAAAACAUCAGGAAGAGGUGAAUUCUUUAAAGGGGGAGAUGGAAAGAAAAAUAUCAGAACUGAGGGCUGUACUGGAAGAAGAACAGAAGAAACAGAUUGCACUGAUCAAACAGGUCCAUGAGCGUGAGCGCGAACGGGAGAUGGCAGAGCUGGCCUCCAGGCAGCAGGAGGCGCUAAGCCAGCAGAGCGUCGAGCUGAAGGAGAGCAUGGAGGCCGCCCACCAGGCUGAGCUGCGAGAGGCGCAGGCACAGUGGUCCCUGGAGAUGGAGGCCUUGCGGCUGAGCCUGACAAACCUGCACGCGGCCCAGCUGGAGGAAGCCCAGAGCAACCUGCAGCGCGAAAAGGAAGAGGCACUCAAAGAGCUGCAGGACAGCAUGGGAGCCAAGUGGUCCCAAGACAGCACGGCGCUGCAGGCACAGCACCAGGCAGAGGCAGAUAGGAUACAAGAACAGAACCGGGAGCAGGCCCGGCGGGUCGACCAGCUGCAUCAACAGGAGAUGGACAAUCUGAAACAUGCGUGGGAAACUCAAAUGUCAAAAGAGAGGACCCGGAUGGAAGAACAGCAUGCCAGUCAAAUAGAGGCUCUGAGGGCAGAAUGGCAGCGGGAGUCAGAGAAGGAGCUCCGGGGCACCCUGACAGAGACCCUGUCUGCGGUGAGGGCACAGCUGGAGGAGCUGCAGGCAUCCAGGGACCAGGAGCUGCGCAGACUGGGAGAGGAGCUGAGCCAGGCGUGUUCUGAUCGCGAUGCGGCUGCCAGAGCAGCUGAAGAGCUGGUGGGCAGCCACAAGAGGGCGCUGCAAGAGCGGCAGGACCACGCCCGACACCUGGAGGAGCUUAACAGCAUCAGUGCAGAGAGGGAGCGGCAGCUGCAGCAGCAGGUGGAGAGGUUGCAGGCAGAGUACAUGGCCUUGAAGUCGAGCUCGGAGCAGGAAGUGUCCCAUGUGCGGUCGCAGCUGGAGUGUAUGAAGGUCAACCAACACGAACUGGGAGGGCUGAGGGAGCAGCUGCUCUCUUGCCCGUCCCACGCGGAGGACAUCGAGCGGCUGAAGCGGGAGUUCUCCGAGCAGAGACAGCACCUCCAGGAGCACAGCGAGGCGGAGCUGGAGAGCCUGCGCUCCUACCUCGAGCAGCGUCUGCGCUCUGCAGAGGAGGGCUACCGCGAGGAGAUCGCCCUCCUCCAGACCAAGCUGGUGGAGAGAGCUCUGGAGGAGUCUGUGGUCAAGAUGGGGGAUGUCAGCCUCCUGCUGGAAGACAAGGUGGAUGAGGAGAGGAGCGACCUGCUUGCAGAGAUUAACAUGAAACUGGAAAACCACAAGGAGGAGUUGGAUGCUCUGAGGCUGCAGCUGGAGGAGAAGCACGAGCGGGAGCUGCAGCAGCUGCGCUCGAAUCUGACCCUGGCGUACCGAGAGGAGCUGCUGCAGGUGAAGACCAGCCUCACUGACCGCUACUUCUCCCAGAUCCAGGACCUGAAAACCAAGCAUGCCUUGGAGCUGGAGCAGCAGCGGGCCAAACUCUCAGACAACCACGUCAAAGAGAUCACCAGGCUGCGUCUGCAGAGCGCGCAGCAGGCAGCGCGACAGGUGGAGGCGGAGCUCCAGGAGAGGGGCAGGGUUCUGGACGAGCAGCACGCGGCCCGGCUGGCCCAGGUCCGCUCAGAGACGGAGCGUAUCCAGAACCUGGAGGCCCAGAUGGCCGCGCUGGUGAAGCAACGUGCUGAGGAAAUGAAGCAGGUAGAGGAACAGCAGGAGAAGCUCCUCAGAGAAGCUAAGGAGAAGGUGAAGCAGGCCCAGAGAGAAGAGAGGGAGAAGGCUAAUCUGGAGCGCUCCCGGCAGAAGGAGGAGAUGGCCAGGCAGAGGGAGGAGCUCCUUGGCCAGGCGGAGGCUCGGCUAUCUGCCCUGACACAGGAGCUAGAGCGGGGGGCUGAGGAAGAGCGAGAGGCUUUUGAGCAGCAGAUCAGAGGACUGCAGGAACAGCUGGCGGAGGAGCAGAGACGACUACACGCCCUCCAGGACAGUCUGGGGAACGAGCAGGACCCCCGGAUCCUGGUCAUCAAGCAGAAGAUCCAGGCGCAGUUUGAGCGUGAGCUCCAUGUGGCCAAGCGGACCAUGGCCGUGGAGGUGAAUGAGCUCAACGCAGUACUGCAGGAGCAAGCAGCGGCCAAGCUGCAGCAGGCCCACAGCAGGUUCCAGGAAGAAAAGAAGGAACUGCAGGAGAAGCUCAGCCAGCAGCAGGAGGCUGUUCUCUGUGAGCUGGCCAAAAAACACCGGGAGGAACUGGAAUCCCAGCAGGCUUUGCUGGAUGAGUGUGUGGUCAAACUGAAGCAGCUGGAGAUGGAGUAUCGGCACCUGGAGGAGAAGCUGCGUCAGAGUCACGGGGCGGAGCUAGAGUCCCUGAGGGCGGGUCUACAGGAGCAAAGCCUGGCCCAGUUGGAGGCAAGGGAGGCGGAGCUUCAGGCCAGGCACAGAGAGGAGAGCAGCAAGCUGGAGGCACGGAUGCUCUCCAACAUGGAUACCCUGGAGUCCGCCUACCUGAAGGAGAUCCAGGCCAUCCGGGAUGAGCGGGACCAAGAAAUCCAGGAGCUGAGGGAUUCGUUUGACAAACGCCAGCGGGAGAGAGAGGGUGGCCACGCUGCCGAGUUAGAAAGGCUGAGAGCAGAGCUUCAGGAACUCAGGAGAAAACUGGUCCACGAGGACCAAUCCUCCACCAUAGUCUCUGAUGUGGAGGACACCUCCAAGCGGUGCAGUAGGGCAUCCCACCUGCAGGGGGAGCCGGAGGGGAAGCACUCAGAGAUGGAAGCCCUGGAGUCACCGUUGCAGCCUGGAGGCAGAGAGAACCAGGAGGGGGGAGACCCGCUCUCCAAGCUGAGGGCUGACCUGAGAACAGCAGCAAAGGAGAGGAAAGACCUGCAGCAGGCCUAUGGGCGUCUUCAUAAGGUGCUAACGGAGGUGCUGAGACUGACCAUGGCCACAGAGGAAGAGAUCAACAGGAGAAUCGCUGUCUGCUUGGAGCCCAGUGAAGACCAGGGGGCUGAGCCCCAUGGCAAAAGACCCUACAGAGAGAGCAGGGACUCCCAGGAGAAAGGAGAAGAGGAGAGAGAGGCGGUUUCAGACAGCAGCCUGCGGUCAGCAUUGAAAGGUGGCGGUGUGGAGAUCUCCCAUGGGCUGCCGGAGAGCCCGUUCUGCAGGCCGGAGCCAGAGCCUGAGGAGGAGGAGAUGGUGCUGAGAGUCUGCGUCCGCCUUCACUCUUCUGUGGACAAGCUGCUGGAGCUGAUCCCCUGCUCCACUUUCCCGCUGGAGCAGACUGCUGGGGCACAGGACCGCUUGGAGGAGCAGUUCAAUCCCAGCAGGCUGGACUUAGACCUGCUCGUACUGCAGCAGAACCUGCAUAAGGCUGAGAGCUUGCUGGAAAGUUACGACGCAGAGAAGGAAGCGAUGGAGGAGGCCCUGCGGCAGAAGGAGUCCCGGGCACAGCGGCUGGGAGCAGAGCUUGAGGGGCUGCAAGUUCAACUCCAGGAGCUCAGAGAAGAGCAGACCCUGCUGCUCCGCCAGAGAGAGGCCCUCACAGGGGGGCUGGGGGACAGAGAGAAGGCCCUGCUGGAAGAAGCUCAGCGGUUGAUGGAGGAGAAGCUGGACGUGCAGCGGCAGGCGGAGAAGGACCAGAGCAGGCAGGCGUCCCAGCUCAGGCUGCUGGAGAUGGAGCUGGAGGAGCAGGAGAGCUGCAGGCAGGAGCUGGAGGAGCAGCACAGGGCCCAAAUAGAGGACUUCCAGCUGCAGAUCCAGGCCCUGGAGAAACAGCUCAGACACCACCGUCAGUUUAUCGACGAACAGGCCGUGGAGCGGGAGCAUGAGAGGGACGAGUUCCAGCUGGAGAUCCAGAAGCUGGAGGCCCGGCUGAGACGCCCGCCCAAGCCUGGGCAGGCUGCGGGCGGCAGGGGACAGAAGAUUGAGGACUUGGUACUCCAGGUGGAAAGUCUGCAGACAGUCAUCAAGGAGCAGAUAGAAGACUACAACACGCUGUUGCUGACCAAGGAGCAGUACCGGAGCAGUGUGUCUGAGCAGAACGAGCAGAUCGAGAGGAUGGCCGGCAGGAUCUGCGAGCUGGAGCAGGCUCUGGUGGACAGGACCGAGUCCAGGCAGGCCCUGGACCAGCUGGAGCAAGAGCUGCAGGUGGCCAGGACGAUGGCACAGGACCUCCUGCAGGACAAAGAAGACCUCCAGCAGCAGCUGUCCUCGGCCUGCCUGCAGAUAUCUGCUGUACAGUGUAAACAGGGCGACGGCCUCCAGCACAUUCCUCAGAGUGGAGCGUACCAGGCCCUGAGAGAGCAGCUGGAGUCUGCGCUGCAGUCGGUGACCAGCAGGGACGAGCAGCUGGAGCAGGUGCAGAGGGACAUGUCUAUGGAAGAGGAGGAGCUCAUACCACAGAAACUGGCCAAUCAGAGCUCCAUCUGUCUCUCCCAGAUGCAGAAAGAAAUGGAUUCUGAGAAGGGGACUGCCAGCACUCUGCACAGCCAUCGGGAGGCGGGCCGAGAGGAGAGCCGCGCCUCCACGCUGCUGGUGCCAUUCUCCAGGCUGGAGGAGAAGAACAGGGAGAUCUCCUGCCUCAACGAGGAGAUCCUGCGUCUGCAGCAGGAGGCAGACGGCUCCAAACACAAGGCUGUGGAGGAGAAGCAGGCUGAGGUGGAGGAGCUGCGCUCCCAGGUGGAGCGUCUCCACGGCGACCAGGCCCGCCUGCGCCGGGACAGGGAGGAGGAGGUGGAGCAGCUGCACGAGGUCAUCCACAAGCUGCAGGAGGAGCUGGCGCAGAUGGGUCCCAACCGGCACGAGGUCAGCAGCUCCCCGGAGCACAGCCCCGCUCCCGGCCCACAAGGCCUCUGGCCCCCCCAUGGCCGGGAGGGCAGCCUUUGCCACGAGCUGACCCCCCACUGCCCGCCGCCCCCCCGCGCCCGCCUCAGAGACCUGCAGGAGCAGCUGGAGCAGGCCGUCCGGGAGAGGGAGGCCACACAGCGCCUCCUUCAGUCCCAGGAGGAGGCCUUCCGCAGCCAGGUGGAGGUGCUGAGCUGCACCCUGUGGGAGGAGCAGGAGAGGCGGGGCCAGCUGGAGCAGGAGUGCAGCAGGCUGAGGGUGCGGCUCUCCCAGCAGCAGGGCGGGGCAGAGGGCAGGGGGAGGCUGCUAGAGGCGGAGCUGCUGGUGAGGAGGGCGGAGGAGUGGACAGAACAGGGCAGGGAGGCGGGGCUGGAGGAGGAGCUACAUCACAUGCAGGGUGGAGCCCAGGAGCUUCUCCACUCUCGCAGCGAGGACACGCCUCUGGACAAGCCAGAGAGGGAAGAAGAGGGUGUGGCCGCAGCAGAGACACCGAGGACAGUGGUGAAGGAACAGGGGGCCCAGGUCCAGGAAAGCCAGGCUGAAAUCCACAGCCUGGAGACAGCGAAGGAGGAGGUAACGAAGCUGAGGCGGAGCGAGGGCCGACUCCAACAGGAAAUUCAGAGGCUGAAGCAGGAAGUGAUGUCAAAGAGCAGCCACAUACAGGAGCUGAACACCCAGCUGGAGGCUCAGAGAGAAGUGCUGACGUUCUCCGAGGAGACUCUGGCUAAAGCAGGGGGAGUGCUGAGGGAGAACGAGAGGCAGCUCGAUCGGCUGGGGGCGGAGCGUGAUGCCCUGAGGGCGGAGCUUGUUGCUGUGAAGGCGGGGCUAAGCUCCAGCGCAGAGAGGGCAGAGAAGUUGUUGGAAGAAGGGCAGACAAAGGACAAAGCCCUGAGGGACCUGGAGAUCCACAACCACCAGCUGAAAUCAGAGCUGCAGGGGCUGCAGGAAGGCCUGGCUGUGCAGGAGGAAGAGCUCGCCCACCAGCAGAGGGAGCUAGAGCUGCUGCAAUACCACUGCAGCGCGCAGGGCUCCAGCCUGGAUCCCAGCACCCCGCACAAAGCCGAGGCCCUCCUGUCUGCUCUGCCCUGCGAGGGCUCCCAGUGUUCACCAGAGCUGCUGCACGAACCGCUGGCAGCCGGGGUCCACGCUUCACUCCCCCCGGAGCUCAGCACCCAGCACAUGAAGGCCUCUGGACAGGCCAAAGAGGGUUCCCAGCCCACUGAGAACAAGCCCACCCCGCAGGAGCGACCCAGCACCCGCUCCCCAGGCUCCGCCUCGGCCUCUGAGAACCUCUCCGCUCUGCAUCCCUUUGAUGCUGACAAGGUGAACGCACUUGGGGAUGUAGACCUGACCAGAGCGGAGCAGUGGGCCGGAGAUGGAGAGUGCAGCACUGCAGAUGUGAGCUCGGAGCUGGGCGGCAGCCUGCAGGUGGAGCUGGACAGGACAGAGUGUCUGAACGCCAGCUUCAUAGAGUACCUGCGCAGUCGUGGCAUGGCCGUGGCAGACAGCAGCGACAGCACCACAGAGAGCGUGGACCAGUGCGACGAGCUCCUCUCGCCUGAGCUGGAGGGCCUGUUGAAGAGGGUGUACCAGGAGGGGUUCAGGGUCCUGUCCCUGUCCCACCGCCCCGCCCCCUCUUCCCUGACGCCCCCCACCUCUCAGGCUCCACCCCUCACCUGGCAGACAGAGAAGCGGGCCCUACAGGAAACCGUCCUCUCCCUCAGAGAGCUGCUCUGCAAGAUGGCCGACAGAGAGCACAAGGUAGACAGCAGGGAGGCAGACUGGCGCAGGGAGUUUCUCCGGGAGGUUCGUAGUAUGUGUCACAGUGAGACGGCCAGGCUGUCCUCUGAGCUGCAGUCUGUCAUCAGCUCGCUGCGAACCCAAGACCCUCCGCUCAUGGACCAGCUGGAGAGACUCCUCAAACAGCAGGAGGAGCAGCAGCGCCGGGCCCUGGAGCAGCUCCUGUGUGCAGAUCGCCGCAGUCUGCUGGAGGAGAUGCAGCAGCUGCAGGCUCUGCUGCAGGCCUCCUGCCUGAAGAACCAGGAGCAGCUGCAGCAGCUGCAGGCCUCCCUGAAUGCAGAGGCAAAGGGCAGACAAGAACAGCAGCGGGAGAGGGAGGGUCCCCUGGCACAGAGGGCAGAGCCCAGGGGAUGUGAGGAUCAACUGGCCCUCCUGAAGGUGGGGCAGGGGGAGGAGCUGAAGAAGGGGGAGGGGCUAGAGCAGCAGGAGGAGGAUUCUGGGCAGGAUGACCUCCACUUCAGCACUGCCAGCAAGACCCAGCAAGAGCUGCACAAUGAGAACUGCAAACCCAGGCUGGAGAGUGAGGGGGUGGAGCAGCGGGACCAGGAGAGACUGCGCAGCCGGAGCAGACAUGAGCAGGAGGAGCAGCAGGUCCAGGAGAGACUGCGCAGCCGGAGCAGACAUGAGCAGGAGGAGCAGCAGGUCCAGGAGAGACUGCGCAGCCGGAGCAGACAUGAGCAGGAGGAGCAGAUGCACCAGGAGCUGCGGUUGGAGGAGCGCGCUGCUCGGAACAGGCAGCUGGAGCUGUCCCUGGAGCAGGAGCGUGUGGUGAGCGCUCACCUGCGCAACCAGCUGCAGGAGGAGAGCCAGCGUCAGGAGGAGGCGGCCUCCCAGGACAGGGAGCUCAUCGAGGAGCUGCGGGUCCAGCUGGAGCGGGAGCGCGUGCUGAGCGCUAACCUGCGCAACGAGCUGCAGGAGGAGCGGUCUCACAGCAGCGCGCUGCUCUCCCGGGAGAGGAGGCAGCUGGAGGAGCAGCUGCAGGAGGUGACCCGGCGCCACGAGGCGGCGGCCUCCCAGGACCGGGCGUUCAUGGCGGAGCUGCGGGCCCAGCUGCAGCAGGAGCGGGGGCAGGGGGAGGAGCUGGCCGCUAUGCUGGAGGGCGCGCAGCGGCGGGCCGUUCGGAGCGAGCGGCAGCUGGAGCAGGAGGUGCAGAGGAGGUGCGAGGCGGCCCGCAGGGAGCAGGAGGCGGCCCGCAGCCUGGAGGAGGAGAGGCAGAGAGCCGCCCGGCUGCAGGCCGAGCUGGACGCCCUGGCGGAGGAGCUGCUCGCCCUGAAGGAGGAUCAGAGGGAGACGCAGGAGAGAGAGCGACGAUACGCCAGCACCUGCCUCAGACCGGUGGAGUGGCAGCAGCCUGUGGAUGUGGCUGUGCUGUCAGAGAGGCUCUCCUGGCAGAAGGAGCACGCUGCCCUGCGGGUGGCGCUACAGAGGACUGGGUCUGAGCUCUCCCAGAACACGGCCGAGCUCGAGAACAAACCCCUCACCGUGGCCUCCAACAGCAAGGCCCAGCGCAUGUACAGGAAGUACCUGCGUGCAGAGAGCUUCCGGAAAGCCCUGGUUUACCAGAAGAGGUACCUGCUGCGACUGCUGGACAGCUUCCAGGACUGUGAGAGAGCCAUCCUGACUCUGACUGCCCGCAUGGGGACAUACCCCUCGCCUGGAGACCCUCAAGCCCCUUUGCCCUACCCUGUUAAUCGCUUUAGGACAGCUGUCCAUGUGGUCAUCGCCAUCUUGCGAUUGGCGUUCCUGGUCAGGAAGUGGCAGAAGGCCUUCAGAAUAGGUCCAGCAGCGACGACCUCUAUGAGAGAGCCUGGGCAUGGAGCUGGCUCCAACACCAGAGCUGAGGGGUUGAGACGGCAACAACUGGGUGUCAUCAGCUCCCUGGCCACCUGUGACGCCCGGCCUCACCCAGAAGGGUGUGGUCUUGAGCCCACAGUAACCCAUCCGUUCCCUCUUCCAACUGCACGGCAGGUUGUGACCCCAUCCUGUCCUGAUUCGUACAGAGCGUCUCCUCUGACUGUACCAGGAUCAGGUCCCGGGGGGCAGCCAGCAGCGGUGAGGGGGACUGCAGCCAGGUGAGGCGAAGGAGAGGAAC